ACUGAUCCUGUUUAAAGUGUUAGGCUGUUUCCGAAAGGCAGAAGCCAUUAAUGAAAUUUCCCUGAAACCCUGAACUAAACUCAGAGCGUUCUGUUACCGUGGAGACGGAAUAACAACAAACGAGGUACGGUGUCCGUGAACGUCCGAAAGGACUACGUUUAGUUCAAGUGACUAUGGAUGCCCGGUCAUCUGAUACAGCACUCCAUCACUCUCCUUUGUGGUCAAACAGCUCUUACACAGCCUGGCGGUGUGUUUGGGGUCAUUGUUCUGUUGAAACAUAAAUGAUGGUCCAACUAAAUGCAAACCGGAUGGGAUGGGGCAUAUCUCUACUCAGCUGAAGACUACAGGAAGAUGAGGAGGAUCAUUGCUGAAGAUCCAUAUUGGACCCUGACUACAGUGCCAUAUUUGUCAAACCUUUGUCUGCAAUGUAUUGUGAACAAUUUUGAAGAAAAGCCUAUAUUUGAAGAACUUACAGCUAGCCAGAAAGACUUCAUUCAAGAGAGACUGUCCCUUUCUCUGCCCCUGCACCUGACAGCCAACUUGAUCACUGACGGUGUUUACUGGAAGCGGUGCUGCAAGCAGAAGUGGGACGUUUGUGACGUCUCUCAUUAUGAUCACAGCUGGAAACGAAUGUUCUUUGAAAGGCACUUGGAGAACAUUAUUGAACUUUUUAUCCCCAAUGAAACAGACCCAAAAGUAGUCCUACAGAUGGUCCCGCUGUGUAAACACUAUGUCAAGAGGCUGGACAUCUCCCAGCUACUGCCGCCGAUCAAGGAGCCCCAGAGGGAGGAAGAGGAGGAUGGAUCAGACAUGGCAACGGACACUGAGUAUGAUGGACCUGGAAUAGAACACUUUGACUUUGGCAUACUGCUUAAGAAGCUGACAAACUUGGAAGAGCUGCAUUUGACGUACGGAUUUAAACAUUGUGGUAUGAAUUUCGAAUGGAAGAUGUUUGAAAUGACUGACCGAGACUGCGAGUCCCUCGCCAAGGCCCUGAAGUCCUGUAGGACCUUGAAGCUUUUCAGGCUCCAUCAAAGUCACAUUGAAGAUAAAAAGUGCCGGCUGCUUGUGAAAUACCUUCUAGAUCAUCCCUCUCUGCGAGUGCUUGACUUUUCCCACAAUCUGAUUGGAGACAGUGGAGCCAGAGCAAUUGGCAAACUGCUCACCAAGAGUAAGCUGGAGGUACUUAACAUGUGUGACAACAACAUCAGCGGCGUGGGAGCCAAAGCUAUAGCUCACGCUUUGUCCAAGCCCUCCAGUCUUUUGUCGCUCAACCUGCGUCUCAACCACCUGACGGAUGAGGGGGGUGAGGCUAUUGCCAAGGCUAUGCUGAAAAACAACACUCUUCUUCACCUGCACCUUGGAGGCAACAAGAUGACUUGGCUUACUGCUUUCGCCCUGUCUGAGGUGCUCGUACAGAACAACUCCCUGAAAAGCAUCAAUCUUUCCUGCAACAAGUUGGGUGAGGAUGGAGGAAAAGCUUUGGAGAAGGCAAUGUCUUGCAACACCAGUGUAACAGAAUGUGAUAUCCGCCUGACAGAAGUUAAUGAGCAGAGUGUUUCCUCCGUCAACCAGGUGGUUUGGACCAACCAGAGUUUACAACAAAAGAAACAAGCUAAAUAAAAGAAAGCAUGGAUGUAUACCCACCUUGA